CAUUAUGUUCCCAUUCUCCUCGCUGCAAGUCGAGUACAGCAACUUCCACCGUUCGUCGCAAAUCAUGUCCAACGCGCUGAGCAUGACCAACUCCGGCUUCCCCCAUUCGUGGAUCGUAUCCGGGCAGGACUUCUGCCCGAUCACCUACUCGUCGAUCCAGUCGCACAACUCGGCCGUUUCCAACAACCUGGCCACGGUGGAACCGGGACUGAUUGAGCUGCGCAAGGAAAAAUCACGGGACGCUGCCCGAUCGCGUCGCGGGAAGGAGAACUAUGAGUUCUACGAGCUGGCCAAGAUGUUGCCGCUGCCGGCGGCGAUCACGAGUCAGCUGGACAAGGCGUCCAUCAUCCGGCUGACGAUCAGUUACCUUAAGCUUAAGGAGUUUAGCGAGAAUGGAGUCCCCUCGUGGAACAAGGAACCCAUUGGGUUCCAGAACUACACGUCGCCACAGUAUUUCAACGAGAUGUUCGAGACACACCUGGGAACGCACAUCCUUCAAUCGCUGGACGGAUUCGCUGUAUCUACGGGAGUGGACGGCCGAUUUCUGUACAUUUCGGAAACGGUAUCUAUUUACCUGGGGCUGUCUCAGGUGGAGAUGACCGGUAGUAGCAUAUUUGAUUACAUCCACAAAGGUGAUCAUGCCGAGGUGGAACAACAGUUGGGAGUGAAGAAGAACUCCGACUACUACAGUGGAUACUCGGACGAUCCACCGGAAAAGACGGUACUGAAGAUCGUCAAGGAGAGUAAACCUCUUCCGGGCGAGAGUUUCGAGGGAGACGAUCGAGCUUUCUGCGUGCGGAUGAAGUCAACGCUGACGAAGCGGGGCUGUCACUUCAAGUCGUCCGGCUACAGGGUGAUCUUGCUGUUGUGUCACCUGCGGAAGAAGAACAACUCCACGGACGAGCAUAGCGAGAAGCAAACUGUGAUCGGGAUGGUGGGCAUUGGGAUCGCUUUGCCGCCGCCUUCGCUGCACGAGAUCAAACUGGAGUCCGAUAUGUUUGUGUUCCGGACCAGUUUGGACCUGACGAUCAUCCAUUGCGAAAACAGAAUUUCUAGUUUUCUGGACUACACAGCCGAUGAGCUGAAUGGGAAAAGCGUCUACACGCUGUGUCACGGACAGGAUGCGCCCAAGUUGAAGAAGAGUCACAGCGAAUUAAUCCAAAAAGGUCAAGUGUUGACCCCAUUCUACCGAAUCCUGAACAAAAACUCCGGCUACUUCUGGAUCCAAACGUGCUGCACGAUGGUCUGCCAGACGAAGAACAUGAGCGACCAGACGGUGAUCUGCGUCAACUACAUUAUCACCCGUCCGGAGAAGGAGAACUUGAUCUUGGACAUCUCGCAAAUGCCAAAUGUUAACCACAAUGAUUACCACAUCGGAAGCAAAAGCGUGGCCGCAGCGGCGGCCAAAAGGGCAGCAGCAGCGGCAGCUGCCAACAUGGAGUACGAGAUGGAAGUCAAGGACAAGUACGGAGAGCUGGGCGGAAACCAGUCGGAUUCGUACCUGGACGGCCACGUUGAUCACAAGGAACUGAUCGAUAAGUCACCUCACAAGGCGAUAGGGCUGGGCAUGUUCGACAAGAAGGAGUCGCUGGACUUCAAGGACAAGCAUAUGGACCGGGAGAAGGGUUGCAGCAAUAGUAAGCAACAGCGACUCAAAGCCGGUAGUCCAAUGAUGAACAUGUCGGUCAACGAGAACCAGGGUAUCGACAAGAAGACCUCCAACGGCAAAAAGAACAUCUCCAAUCGGGCGAGCGUCAUUCGGGUGCUAAACAAGACGUCCUCAAAGAAGAUCCUGCAGGAAAACCAUUGAGAGCUUUCAAUUUCGAAUUUCUCACGACUUCUAUCCACUCUAUAACAAUCUACCAACCAGUCAGUGCUAUGCCAUGCUUGAGAACAUACAGAAAAUACUCGAGACUAUUUAUUGCUUCUGCGAACGUCUUCAUCUCUCUCUCUUUGUAGGAAAAUACUCAUGGUAGUAAGAGCCAAGCAUUGUUACAUAAAUUCUCUCUGCAAUCGUCGUCGUACUACUACAAUUACACAUUAAAUAGUAACGCAAAGUAACCAGUGUCAGUAUAAUUACAUGUAAUGUUAGCAAUCAUACCAACUAGUAUUUGUAACUAUACUAUUAUUAAGUUAGUAAAGAAUGUGAAAAUAAAUGCAAAAAGUAUUAUGUUUUAGUACCAUUGGAAA